AUGGCCUACGUCGUGCCCAUCCACCGCGCGAGCAGCAUUCGCCAUGCAGUGAAGCUCAACUUCUUCGCACCAAACGAAGAAUGCUUAGUCGCAGCCAAAGCCAAUCGCCUAGAAUUCUACACCCUAACCCCAGAUGGCAUCGUCCUCACUGCAACCCGCGCUAUGUACGCGCGGGUGACGAUGCUUGCCCGUCUCCCUGCACCAUCCAACUCACCGACCGAUCACCUCUUCAUCGGAACGAACCAAUACAACUACUUCACAAUACAAUGGGACCGCGAAACGCAACAAAUCAAAACAGCACGCAGCUGCACUGAUAUCGUUGAGCCCUCGUCACGAGAGUCCCUGUUCCCUCCGCGGUGUCUGGUCGAUCCCACCGGCCGGUUCAUGACAUUGGAGGUGUACGAGGGCGUGAUAGUCGUUGUGCCCAUUGUGCAGCCGACGAAGAAACGGAGCCGGAUGUCGACGGUUGGGACAGAUAUGCCACCUCAGGUAGGAGAACUCGACAGACCGACCAUAUCCCGGAUCGACGAGCUGUUCGUUCGAUCAUCCGCAUUCUUGCAUUCAGAAUCGAAUCCGUGGCUAGCACUGCUAUACGAAGAUAACACACAGAAGGUGCGCCUCAGAAUCCGCGAGCUGGAUUACACUCCUGGUACAUCGGGACUUGCUGCGGAUGCUACGUUCAAAGAGGUACCAAAGCUUGAGGGAGGAGAGUUUGGGCAAGAGCUUGAUCUCGGUUCUUCGCAUUUGAUUCCCAUCCCGGCUCCGCUGGGUGGUCUUAUUGUUCUCGGUGAAACGUCGAUCAAAUACAUCGACGAUAACGCCAACGAUGUGAUUACGCGCAAUCUCGAUGAGGCAACUGUUUUUGUUGCUUGGGAGAAAAUCGAUAGCCAGCGGUGGUUGUUAGCCGAUGACUAUGGAAGACUCUUUUUCUUAUCUUUCAUUCUGAACAACCGGGGUGAGAUCGAUGACUGGAAGCUCGAGUACCUGGGUAGUACGGCUCGUGCGUCUGUCCUCGUCUACCUCGGUGGUGGAAUGCUAUUCAUCGGCUCGCAUCAGGGCGACUCACAGGUGAUCCGGCUGAAUGGUAGUUCGUUUGAAGUUAUCCAGACCCUGUCUAAUAUUGCGCCCAUUCUCGACUUCACCAUCAUGGACCUUGGAAAUCGCACCAGCGAGAGCCAAACCCACGAGUUCUCGUCUGGACAGGCUCGGAUUGUGACAGGAUCCGGCGCGUUCGAUGAUGGCACCCUGCGAAGUGUGCGCAGCGGUGUCGGUAUGGAAGAGCUGGGCGUCUUGGGCGAAAUGGAUCACAUCACGGAUCUCUGGGGUCUACGGACUCAAAAUGAAACCAAAGACGAGUCACUGGAUACCCUGAUCGUUACUUUUGUGGACGAGACUCGUGUGUUCCAAUUUAGCCCCCACGGUGAAAUCGAGGAGCUCGACAAUUUCCUGGGGCUUGCACUCACGGAGAGCACUCUCCUUACUAUGCGGCUUUCAGGCGCUCGCAUCCUCCAGGUCACAGAAAAUCGAGUACUAGUUGCCGAUCUCGAAAGUGGGAUGGUCACUUUCGAAUGGGAGCCGGAGACUCCCAAGCUGAUCACCGCUGCCUCGGCCAACGAUGACCACCUCGUUCUGGUGGUCAGUGGCCAGGUGGUCACGACCUUCAACCUCAAAGGCAACGUGGAACUUCUCACGCAAAAGAAUUUCGGUGAUAACCAGCAGAUCUCUGGCUUGACUGUUCCGUCUACACCAUCAGGAGUCUUCAUCGCAGGAUUCACUCAACUAGCGCAUGUCUCGAUUUUUGGCAUUAACGACUUGAAAGAAUUGGGAACAAGCCCCCUUGGCCCAGCUGGAGAAAGCUUCCCGCGAUCAGUCCUAGUGGCCCAGGUAUUGGCCGACAAACCACCUACCCUGUUCGUCUCCAUGGCCGAUGGUUGCGUUAUCACGUUCUCGUUGAACGAUGACCACACACUCACUGGAAUGAACAAGCUGGUUCUUGGUUCUAAACAACCCGUUUUCAAGAAGUUGCCUAAAGGGGAUGGCCUGUUUAACGUUUUCGCCACCUGUGAAAACCCCAGCCUAAUUUAUGGCUCGGAUGGUCGAAUCAUCUAUUCCGCUGUAAACUCUGAAGGUGCCUCGCGGAUCUGCCAUCUUAAUGCAAUGGCUUUCCCUGAUGCUAUCGCGGUUGCAACAGAAAAAGAGCUUAAGAUCGCUUUGGUUGACAGAGAACGCACAACUCAAAUCCAAACGCUCCCAAUAGGCUCGACUGUCCGUCGUGUUGCAUAUUCCCCAUCUGAAAAGGCAUUUGGGCUUGGUACAAUUGAACGUAAGCUUGUGGCUGGCGCCGAGGUCGUGAAGAGCCACUUCGUCCUCGCCGAUGAGAUCAUGUUCGGACGACUUGAUGCCAUCGAAAUGCGCGAAGAGGAGCUGGUUGAAUGCGUUAUUCGCGCCGAGCCAUCAAGCAAGAAAGGUGGAAGUACCAAGGAUCGGUUCAUCGUCGGCACAGCUUUCGCAAACGAAGAAACCGAAAGCGGGGAAAUCCGCGGGCGGAUUCUCGUACUGGAAGUUGAUCACGGCCGCAAGCUCAGCCUAGUCGCCGAGUUGCCGGUCAUGGGUGCUUGCCGAGCUCUCGCUAUGAUGGGUGACUACAUCGUUGCAGCGCUCGUCAAGACUGUUGUAAUCUAUGAGGUGAAAACCGAUAGCAGUGGUUCGAUAACACUGGAGAAACUCGUCGCCUAUCGUACCUCGACUGCGCCAGUUGACCUGACUGUGAACGGGAACUUGAUCGCCGUGGCAGAUCUAAUGAAGAGUCUAUGCCUAGUCAAAUAUGAACCGGGAAAAGAUGGCGAGCCCGACAAGCUCGUCGAAGUUGGCCGCCAUUAUCAAACAGUCUGGAGCACAGGAGUUGCUUGCGUCGGCGAUGAAACAUUCCUCCAGAGCGACGCCGAGGGUAACCUUAUCGUUCUUUCUCGAAAUAUGAAUGGAGUCACAGUCCAGGACCGGCACCGCCUGGUUCCGACUAGUGAAAUCUCGCUCGGAGAAAUGGUGAACAGGAUCCGGCCUGUGAAUAUCCCACACCUCUCCAGCGUGACAGUGACACCUCGUGCAUUCAUGGCAACAGUCGAGGGCUCCAUCUUCCUCUUCGCGCUCAUUAAAGACCAGUACCAAGAUUUGCUAAUGACAUUGCAAACUGUGCUUGCCACCAAGGUUGACUCAUUAGGCGACCUGGAAUUCGAGAAAUUCCGAGGAUUCCGCACGAUGGUCCGCACGGCUGAUGCGCCGUUCCGAUUCGUGGAUGGCGAGCUUAUCGAACAGUUCUUGGACUGCUCGCCGAGUAUGCAGCAGGAGAUCGUGGAUGAGGUUGGCUCUUCUGAUGUAGAGGAGAUUAAGCAGAUGAUUGAGGCAUUGCGAAGACUUCACUGA